GACCAUUUUGAAAUUUUGAGAGCCAUUGGGAAAGGCAGCUUUGGAAAGGUAUGCAUUGUCCAAAAGAAUGACACCAAGAAGAUGUAUGCCAUGAAAUAUAUGAACAAGCAGAAAUGCGUGGAGAGGAAUGAAGUGCGAAAUGUCUUCAAAGAGCUACAAAUCAUGCAGGGGUUGGAACACCCUUUCCUUGUGAACUUAUGGUACUCAUUCCAGGAUGAAGAAGAUAUGUUUAUGGUGGUGGAUCUGCUUCUCGGAGGGGACUUGCGUUACCACUUGCAGCAAAAUGUCCGCUUCCAAGAGGACACUGUGAAACUAUUCAUCUGUGAGCUAGCAUUGGCACUGGACUACCUUAAGAGUAGGAACAUUAUCCAUAGGGACAUAAAGCCUGAUAACAUCUUGCUGGACGAACAAGGACAUGUGCAUGUUACAGACUUCAAUAUUGCCACAGUGAUCAAUAAAGACACACAGGUUACCAACAUUGCUGGCACAAAACCAUACAUGGCACCUGAGAUGUUCAGUUGUACAAAAACCAAUGGCUAUUCCUAUGCUGUUGACUGGUGGUCAUUAGGAAUUACAGCCUAUGAACUUCUUAGAGGCCGGAGGCCAUAUCAUAUUCGAUCUAGUAAUGCUCCCAACGAAAUUACCCAUUUGUUCAAGACAGCCACAGUCAUGUAUCCUGCUGCUUGGUCAAAGGAUAUGGUGUCAUUGAUUCAAAAGUUAAUGGAGAUCAAUACAGAGGAACGGUUUUCUCAACUGACUGAUAUCCAGGACUUUCCUUAUUUGGCUGAUAUCAAUUGGGAUGCUGUUCUUCAAAAGAGAAUAAUGCCUGGAUUCCUUCCUACUAAGGGGAAAUUGAACUGUGACCCAACCUUUGAACUUGAAGAAAUGAUACUGGAGUCCAAGCCACUUCAUAAGAAGAAGAAGCGCUUGGCUAAAAAGGAGAAGGAAAGCAGCAAAAAUGAUUCCAUGGAGACCUGCCAACUUCAGAAACAUCUGGAGUCAAUCCAAAGGGACUUCAUCAUUUUCAACAGAGAAAAGAUGAGGCAAGAGCAUAAUGAAAUGCAAGAGAAUUUGAUGCUGGUACAAACCAAAGAGAACCAGGAAGAAGAUGACCAGAAUAAUAAUAUUUGAAAUCAGUUUAGCUACUGCUCAGGUUCUGCUGUUGAAGGUCGAGGCUUCUACUUUAGCUACUUCAUGGGGCUUGACAAGUAACAUUGCACACUGCUAUCAAGAAAAGGCAGGUACCUUGCUAUGGGGCCUCCAAACUAGAAGCUGAGUGUCUCCUUCCACCAUAAGGAGUUAGGGCCUAACCUCUUGCAACCGUACAUAAGGCACAGAUUCUUAGUUUUAUGCCUUUUCUGAUCUUUAAGAAAAGCACUUGACCAUAAAGAAUAUGGUAUUU